UUUGAAUUUCAGGAGCUGCCUGCAAACAGUGUACUGCUGAUUUACUUGUCUGCCACGGGCGUGUUUCCAUCAGGUCGUUCGGAUAGUGAAGGUCCAUAUGAUUUUGGUGGUGUUCUGACAAAUAGUAACCGGGACAUUAUAAAUGGGGAUGCUAUCCACAAGCGAAACCAGUCUUACAAAGAGAUGCACUGUCUUCACCCUGGAGAUCUCUACCCUUUCACAAGAAAGCCCCUGUUUAUCAUUGUGGACUCCUCAAACAGUGUUGCCUAUAAGAAUUUCACAAACUUAUUUGGACAACCAUUGGUGUGCUUGCUUUCUCCAACAGCAUAUCCAAAAGCAUUACAAGAUCAGUCUCAACGGGGUAGCCUUUUUCUGAACAAUCCUUUAAUGGCAUUCCUAUUUGUCUCUGGAUUAUCAAGUAUGCGCAGAGGAUUGUGGGAGAAGUGUCAAGAUUACCUUAGAAAAAUUAACCGAGAUAUUGCCCAGCUGCUGACCCACUCACGAUCCAUAGAUCAGUCCUUUCUUCAGUUUUUUGGGGAUGAAUUUCUUCGCUUGCUUCUAACAAGAUUUAUCUUCUGUUCAGCUACUAUGAGGAUGCACAAAAUUUUCCGGCAGGAGACUCGAAAUUAUCCAGAAUCUUAUCCUCAGCUGCCGAGAGAUGAAACGGUGGAGAACCCUCACCUCCAAAAGCACAUUUUGGAGCUGGCUUCCAUACUGGAUGUUAGGAAUGUUUUCCUGGAAAACACCCUCGAUGACUAUUGAAAGAAACUCUUACUGCAAAGGGGUUUCCCUGGCCACAGAUUUUGAAUGGUGCAGUUUUAUAAUGUGAAAAUCAUAAAAGGAAGUACUUGAUUUUAUUUUUAAAUUUAGGACCAUUAUUUUAAAAAGUAAUAAUAAACAGCUGUUAGAUGAGCUGUUCCACUCUGUAUGGGGUCAAUUUUAUAAGCAGAAGUUUUCAUGUCUUUUAAAUGUUAAACUAAAGAAUCACUAGAGGUUUAUUUCUGGUCUUGUGGCUAUCAACCACAUUUCCAACAGCUGAUCCUAAGCAUAGAAGUAUUAUUGGUUACCUUUAGCCCACAUUUGUGGAAAUCCUUUAUUUUUAUACGAUUUUAAGAAAUUGGAAAAAAAAAAUCAAUAGAAAAACAAUAUUUUAUCCCCAAAGAGUCUGGAUUUGAAAUGGUAAAGAUGGAACCACACAGUGCAAACCAACAAUAGCAAUAAAACAGAGUCCUUCAUAACAAAUAUAUUUUUUCAGACUUAGGCAAGUA